GGUGGUUUUUGAAAUAUGAUCCCAUGAGCUGUUGCUUCAUCUCUCAUGGGGAGCUCCUCAGAUAGAUGGGCGAAGGCUACCUGGAUUAUGGGGUUGACUCUAGCUUGAGCUGCGCUUGGUUAUGCUGCCGGCUCCCUAUGCCAUCUGCCCACAAGACUUUCCUAACUUCCGUUUCAUGGCUUGGAAUGCCGCAAUGAUGCUAGCUUUGCUUUACCAAUGGCAAAAUAUCUAUUUCGCCAUGUCCUUCAUUACCUUGUUCUACAAGGUAAUCGUGGUGAGAUUAGGGAAUAUGAUCCUAUUAUAUCACCAAUCGUUGCUUCAACACUGUGCUUCGUGGACGAGGGUGGAGACAUGGACGACACCAACCAUCGCUGCAAUGCUGUGCUUCACACUGAAGGGGCACUACUACAAUUUGGUGGUGAUGUGGUGCUACAGGUCGUUGGUGCCAGCGGCGGUGGAUCUACAACGAAGGUGGAGGUGUUGGAGGUGAUGGUGGCGAUGAAGGCAAUGGUGAUAGGGACUACAUAGAUUGAACUACUUUAAAAAUUGCGGUUAAAAAUCACACAAAACCUUUCGUAACUAUACUAAAAAACUACAUAACCAUUAACCAAAACUCCCAAGCACCUUUAUAGUUAACUCAACACAUUGAAGGGUAAAAUGGAAAUAUACAAACUUAUUUUUUGAGUGAGAUUGGGAAUUUGGUUCCCCCCACCCACUCACUAAGUUGGGAUUGUCUCUCUA